AUGCCAGUCAGUGUCACCUACAAAACCAAGGCAGGCAAAACAGGAGAACAGAUGAAAGAACAGUUUCUCAAUGAGGUUGAGCUGUUGCAAACAUGUCAUUGUUGUAUAAAGGCAGCGGUUUCAUCACAGCAUAUUCUUGAUAAACCUGCUACAGCGAUUUGCAAAAGUGUAUGCCAGGCUUGCAUAGAGAGUGCUUCUGUCUGUAACACCUGUCGUGCUCAAGGGCAGCUUAGCCACGUGCCAUCUCUUCGUGCUUGCCAACGGUGUCUUCAAUCCAAUGUUCAGUGUUCUCGAGCGGUGGUUCUUGUUUUGGCAUCGGACUGUGAAUCUGGGAACAAAAGAGCAUUUGAAUUGAUUUCUCAGAGCAAAGCUCAUGGAACGUUGCCCCCUCAGUUUAUAUUCGUUUGUCUUCCUGAUGCCGCUCACGUAGGCAAAAGUUUAAAGUGUAGCUUCGCCAACUGGAUGUUGCUGUUGGAUGAGGAGAGAGCAUGUUUGUCAAUGUUGCACACAAUCCGAGAUUCUGAUCCGGAAUUGAAGAAGUUGCUACCAAGGGACAGUGUCCUAAAUAAAGAUCGGAUGGACAUAAACUGUAUACUACAUUUGCGUAAAGAGUCUGUGUUAGCUCGUCUCCGCACCGUCGAUCGCGUGGUGCAUUCAGUUCUCCCAGACAGCUACAAAAUCAGUGAGACCAACAAGGUAGGGCUAUAUCCGCAUCCCGUAGCAACUUGCCCCGGUGAGCACGGAAAACUUCUCGUUCUGGACUAUGCUCCACUGAAGAACUUCACUAGGCUUCUAGUAGUUAGGCUUCAUGUCCCAGCAGAUGUCAAGAUUGUUGGAGAAUGCCAUAGUGCAGCUAAAUCGCUCGCUUACUGCGAUAGAAUAACGUAUGUAAGCUGUGCCACAGGAAUACAACUAUUUUCCAUUACAAAGAAGCCAACGCAACAGGUAAAGAAUCUCAAAAAAGUAGAGCUCACUUCUGAGUUGCAGAAGAGAGGACUUGACACACUCGGAACAGUUCCGGUGCUUCGAGAACGACUCCAUGCAUCUAAAGAAUGUAGAAAGAACAUAUGCAGAAACAAAAAGUGA